GGCAGCACCGCAGACACGACGCCAAGAACCAAUCAGAGCAAAUGGUCAUCCGUCAUCCGUCAUCCGCCAUCCGCCAUCCGCAGACUUCUGCCCAAUCCACGCCGUCUUUGUCCUCACUGCACACUAGACUCGCUCCAGUCUGGCAAUCCUGUCUCUCGCAAUCUGCUGUCUGCUCUUGCGAUACUGAACGUUUGCCCAUCAUGUCAGACAGAUUGACUCGUAUUGCUAUUGUCAACAGCGACAAGGUGAGUUUGCCGUCUAUAUUUUGCGCCCAUUUCUGUUUACUGAAAAGCCUUCCAGUGCAAGCCAAAGAAAUGUCGUCAAGAGUGCAAGAAGUCUUGCCCCGUCGUUCGUACCGGAAAGCUCUGUAUUGAGGUCACCAACGAGUCCAAGAUCGCCUUCAUCUCGGAGCGUCUCUGUAUCGGAUGCGGUAUCUGCCCCAAGAAAUGUCCCUUCGACGCC